AGAAAACGAGGGAGGUGCAAGGAGUGUGAUCACUUUAAGACCCAGAGGGGUUUUUUUUCCUCCUCUUUCUCUUCAUUUCCCCCUUCUGCUCUCCCCCCACCCUCCACUUUUUUUUUUUUAAGGAGCGACAGGCUGUGGCGUUUGCAGAAGGGUUUGGUCUCCGUCAUCGCGCUGCAAAAAGCGAGCGAGCGAAAGCGACAAGGAGGGAGAGGAAGAGGAGGAGGAGGCGGAGGAGGGAGUGGGAUGAAGGGGAGGUGUAACACAUCCGACGAGCCGGCUGCAAUGGGCCUCAGCUAAUCCAGACCCUUCGGAGGACCUGCCUUCCCGCUGCCACCGCCGUGUGUCAGAAGCUCCUUGGAUUCGGUUCUCCCCGCCGCCCCCGCCGCCGGUUGACCACAUUUUUUUCCUUGACACACAAUGAGCGCCGCCUGGUAGAGGAGAAGCGGCGUGCCGUGCUGCCUUGCCCCUUUCGGGUUCUCGCGAUGUGAUUCUAUUGCGGCUGCUGGAGGUGAAGGAGGAAGAGGAGGCAGCGUGGCCCGGGGGGGAGGAGGAAGCCUGAGGCUAUGUGGUGUCAGCGACACCAGAAGAUUUGGUGAACCAUGAUGAAGACUGAGUCCCAUAAUACUCCUGGCGGCAGCGGCAGCAGCAGCAGCAGUGGGGGCAGCACCACCACCGGUGGCAAUGGGGCUGGAGGCAGCCUGAGGAGUGCCUCGCCUCACCGGAAUGCCUACGAAGCUGGCAUCCAAGCUCUGAAAGCCUCCAAGGAUGCCUUGGGCCAAGCUGACAGUGAGGAGGCCAAGAAAGCCAGGAACAAGAAAUAUGGGUCCAAUGUCCAUCGGAUCAAAAAUAUGUUCCUGCAAAUGGGCACUGCGCCGCCACCAGGGGAGGGAGCAGUUGAUCUGGCCAAGAUGAAGGAGAAGCCGGUCCGGUUGUCCUUGCCCCGGGCCAGCAGCCUGAACGAGAAUGUAGACCAUAGUGCAUUGCUGAAACUGGGCACCAGCGUAUCCGAGAGGGUGAGCCGGUUUGACUCCAAAACAGAUAAGCCAUUGUCCAAGCUCCAGGAGACACGGAAGAUCUUCGAGAGAAGUCUCCAGGAGAAGGAGACCACCAACAAACUGCUUCUGAGGAAAGAGAGAGCUGGCUUCCAAGACCGGAAGUUGGAUGUGGUGGUGAGGUUCAACGGCAGCACAGAAUCCCUGGACAAACUAGACACAGAGGCUGUGUCUCCCACUGUAAGCCAACUCAGUGCUGUCUUUGAGAAAGCUGACCUGAGGAAUAACCUCCAUAAAGCCCCUGGCAAAGUUGGGCCUCUCAACUCCAAAAUUGUUAGCAAAAGGUCCAGGGUUUUCCUCCAGGCUCCAGAAGGAGGUGCCAAGGUGGAAAACAGGAAUAGUGAUGGGGCUGCGCCCCAAGUGAGAGCAAGGUUGCCUGAAACUGACAAAGCCCAAAACAAGCUGGUGCCCGGGGGGUCAGUAGCAGCAAAGCCAGGAGAUAAAGACUCUAACAUGGGGCUACGUCCUCAGAAGGUCCAAGAAGUGCGCAAGAUCAAGCCUGUGGAAGUGGAAGAGAGUGGAGACUCUGAACAGGAGUUUGAGGCAGCUGAGGUGGCAGUGGCAGCAGCAGCAGUGGCAGAUGAGAACAGCAAGGCCUCUAAGGGUUCUGACCCUCUCAGGGCAGAGGUGAUUCAGGCUGAGGUCACAGUGCAUGCGGCCUUGGAAAAUGGCCAGCUGGGGGGUGAAAGAUACCUAGAAACUCCAGGCCCAUUGGCAGACACUUACUGUGAGGAAGUGGCCAAGGCUGAGGGACCAGAGGAGAAUGACCUGGGUGAUGAGUCUAAGAAGGAGGACUUCUCUGAGGCUGACCUGGUGGACAUUAGUGCCUACAGUGGACUGGGGGAGGAUUCGGGAGGGAGUGGGCUGGAUGAAGACGAGGAUGGUGAUGGACUGUAUGCACCGGAAUCUAGCUGUGUCGAGAUCCCUGGGCUGUCAGAAGAGGAUGAAGCUGCCCCUAAUCGCAAGAUCCACUUCAGCACAGCCCCAAUACAGGUUUUCAGCACUUAUUCCAAUGAGGAAUAUGACCGUCGAAAUGAAGAUGUUGAUCCUAUGGCUGCCUCAGCAGAGUAUGAACUUGAAAAAAGAGUGGAAAGGCUGGAUCUAUUUCCUGUGGAACUGGAAAAAGAUUCUGAGGGUCUUGGGAUCAGUAUUAUUGGAAUGGGGGCUGGAGCUGAUAUGGGUCUAGAAAAGCUUGGCAUAUUUGUCAAGACUGUGACAGAAGGAGGAGCAGCUCAUCGAGAUGGCAGGAUCCAGGUGAAUGAUCUUAUCGUUGAGGUGGAUGGCACCAGUUUGGUGGGCGUGACUCAAAGCUUUGCAGCCUCUGUGUUAAGGAAUACCAAGGGUAGAGUCCGGUUCCUCAUUGGCAGGGAGAAGCCAGGAGAGCAGAGUGAAGUGGCGCAACUGAUCCAGCAGACCCUGGAACAGGAACGAUGGCAGCGAGAAAUGAUGGAACAGAGGUAUACCCAAUAUACAGAGGAGGAUGAAGAAACAGGAGAAUAUGCUACAGAUGAAGAUGAAGAGAUGAGCCCCAUGUUCCCCAACAAUGAAAUGGCUAUUGAGGUUUUUGAAUUGGCUGAAAAUGAAGACAUGCUGUCUCCAGUGGAGAUGGAUCCUGAGAAGCUAGUGCAUAAAUUUAAGGAGCUCCAGAUCAAGCAUGCUGUGACUGAAGCCGAAAUACAGCAGCUGAAAAGAAAGCUACAAUCAAUUGAACAGGAGAAAGCUCGCUGGCGCAUUGAGAAAGCCCAGCUGGAACAGAGCGUAGAAGAAAACAAGGAGCGGAUGGAGAAACUGGAAGGAUACUGGAUGGAGGCUCAGAACUUAUGCCAGGCUGUGGAUGAGCACUUAAAAGAGACCCAGGCCCAGUACCAGACUCUGGAAAGGAAAUACAGCAAAGCUAAGCGACUUAUUAAGGAGUAUCAACAGAAAGAAAUUGAAUUCCUCAAGAAGGAGACAGCUCAGCGUCGCAUCCAAGAGGAGUCUGAAUUGGCUCACAAGGAGGAAGUUGACAAGCUGCAAGAGAAGAUCUCUGAACUGGAGGCGAAGCUGCAGACUUUGAAAAAUUCCAACACGACUUAAAAAGAGAGAGAGAGAGAGAGAGAGAGAGAGCAGAAAAACAUAUAAACCAACCAGAGAAAUUAAUUCAUCUUAUUAUUAACUAUUACUAUUAUUCGCAAGGGACAUCUUUAGAAUUUUCUUCCACCCAUGCCCAGUCUUUAUUCUUCCUCAUCCUGUGCCUCGUUCCCUUUAUUUUACUGCAGGGAAAAUACUGUAAAGCCCAGCACUGUCAGAAGAACUACUGCAGAUGACCUUGCCAUCUGUUGAGUAUGAGGCUGUGAAAGACCAGGUGGGGUGGUGAAAUUCUAGAUGGACUGCAGAGACACAACCCACCUCUUGAUGGUGAUGGAUCAUUUUCAGUUUCUGUGUCUGGUGUGCAUCUUGUGUCAACUGGAGAAACAGAUGAUGGAGGGCGGGAAGGUGGUCAUCUGUGUACAGUAAUGUAUGUCUUCUGUCCCAUCUGCCUGAUGAGAACCUUUAUGGAUUGGGACUGAUGCCCCAUGUCUAUACAUUGACUUGUUGGCUCUUCAGUGGUGCAGGCAACUAGAACAUAGAAAGACUCUGCUGGUGACAAAUAAGACCAGCGGUUUUCAUUUUGCUUCCUGAAUCUUGAUCUUAUGAGCUGGGUGGGGUGGAGGGUGGGACACUUGUCUAGCUUUGAGAUGGGAAGAUCUUUAGUUUUCCAUCCUUUGGGCAACUUGGAAUCCAUUGUUCUCUAUGUUUUGUGGUGGGAACUGUAUCUGUUUCCUAACGAAUGAGCCAGCAGGAGGUUUUGCUGGCCAUCUUUGGGACAUCCCUGCUGGCAACUGACUUUUACAUCAGGGAAGAAGUAUCAGCCUGUUUUUCUUUUCCUCAUUACAUUUUAUUCCUAUUUUUUUGGAAGAUUCCUGGGAAUCUACAUUCUGGAGACUAACAAACUGGACUCUCCCAAAGGACUUGAGGGUUCAGACGUAAUUGCUGAGAGCAAAUAUAUCAAGGCAGCUGUAGCCAGGAAAUGAAGCCAGAAACUUUAGAAAAACAUGGAACUGCCAUUCUGUAUUUGCAUCUCCAAAGGCCACCAGUUUGUGCUGGAUCCAUCUCACCACUGUCAGCAUCAGGGUUUGCUGGGGAAAUUGGAAUCUGGAACUAAUUAGGAGCAAAACAUGAAAACAAAGCCCUGGUGGUCAAAAGCAAACUGUACAAUGAAUCUUGUCUUUUUAAUUUAAUGGUAAGGGUUAUUGUGUUUUGUUUUCAUUCAUUACAUCAGGUCUGAGGACCACUGCACAGAUCCAUUUAGUGCUGGGAUUUAGAGUUCAUCUCUCUUGUUGGCAUACUGCUCUCCCUGGCAGUGACACAAUGUCAUGUGUCGCACAUGUGUUAACCUGUCAGUAUCUUAACUUCAACACAUUUCUUUGCUGAAGGAACAGUUAGUGUAGACAGUAACUACAGGAAGGUCCAAAAUGCUGCAACACCUUAGCUACCUGGGAGAUCUUAUGCCGCAGCAGUGUUGAGUUACAUCAGAUGCUGAUAGUGAGUUACAAAAGCUGUCCAAGGUGCCAGAGGACUUCAACUUUUUUUGCCUCCUACCCUUUCCCUCUAUUUAAUGAAGCAAAGCGGAAUGCUAUAGUUGUUAUUCUAUGUUCCUGCAUGCUUAUGAAUCAUCAGCUAGGAAACAAUAUUCCAAAAAGCUAUUCAUUCAGAAUCAAAUAUUACACCACAGAGAAGAGAUUGCAAAAGAACAUUUCUUGGCACCACAAGUCUUGAAAUCUUCUGUAUUCCAUCAGUUUCAUGGUCAAUUUAUAAGCUACGCAAUGUUAGUGUGAAGGAUCUAUGUAACUGGGAUUAAUGGCCAAUGUUUUAUGCAGGGAUAAUAUUAAAGAGAGUAAGGAAAAAAGACAAGACUUGUGAAGUGUAGCAUGCUGAAACUCAAGAAGGAUCUCCAAAAAUGUUUUCUCUAUUAAUGGGCUUGGUUCAUACAACAUACCAAGGCAUACUGUAGUUUGUUGGACAUUUACCAUGUGCAAAUCCAGCACAAUUGAAGGUUAGUCAAUAAACUACAGUAAACAUAUCAUAGUGUACAUGAUGUAUGAAACCAGACAUGUCUAUCCUUGUUACUUUCUUAGACAGAAUAUUUCUUGUUAGUUAUUUAGACUUAUUCUUGUGCCUGGAUUUUAGUUGAAUGUUGUAUUAUUUAAAUAAUUUUUAAACAUGCACCCAUAAUCAAGUCCCCGUAUAAGAUUUUGCAUAUAAAGUAAGUUCAUGAGAGUUGAAAAAUAUGAGAGUUCCUUCCCUUGCUGGUGUUCUCCAUGGAUGAAGUUAUAAUUCAUAUGGUUCCAAGCCAGCAGAUGAGCGUUGUAAUUCAGGACACCCAGAAGAUACAGGUUGGCAAAACUUCCAGAAACAACUGUUCUAGAUUGUUUUAUCUUGUUGUUUUAAAGUAUAUAAUGUUUUAAAGGGGGGGGAGGGUCAAAUCAUGCAAUUUCUCUCAUCAAAUCACAGCACCACCUAUUGAACAAUGCCAGGUUAAUUCUGGUAAUAUUAAGUCUUUUGACAGUAUUUUUAACGGCAUUGUUAACUGCCCUCGGUUAUUUAUUUAAUAUCUUCUAUGAGAAGUGGCAGUAGAAAUAUAUUUUAUAAAGUUGCUGGAAAAGUGACUUUUUUUGUCAAAAAGAACUAUAUUACUUCAAAAGCUUGGAAUUAAUUAUUUUAAAAUAGUAUUCUGUCAGGAAAGUUCUAGAUGGUUUCCUUUAGAAUUGUCAUGUUCUGGUCCUCGGGUGCUCAUGCACUUUUCACUGUUGGGAGGAAAAUCCCAAGAUAUUUCCUUCCUAUAAUUUGAGAGAGGUGUUCUUGGAUUAAUACUGCUGUGGAAAAUAAGAUACUGGUGAUGAAAGAGAUUGAAUACCAGGGUCGGCAUUAUGAAGAAGUUGGUUUAUUUGGAAGGAUGAUGAUUUCUUUCACUUAUUUCUCCAGGAUUCACCUAGAAAUUUCCAGAUCUCGUCAUGAGGACGUGUAGUUUGUUUGUGAUAAAAAUCAUUCAUUUUAUCCUUCAUUAUUUGGAAUUCAAAGGUUUGAUGUGUGAAAACUGUUCACACAUAAGAUGAGUAUUCAAGAAGAUCACUUCCCAAAGUUAGGUUAAUCUUUGCAUCUUUCUAUGAUCUGCUUAUAUACUCACUUUGGUCAAAAGUGACAAUUUGGUGGGUUAUUUUCCAAAGUUUAAUUUAUAUAUGGAAUGGGUAUUCUAUACACAUGCCAUGAUUUGUGAACAAGGACUUCAGUAUGGCAAAUAUUUUGGAUUCAUUAAUCAAAAAUAAAAAACUGAAAAGUCCAAUUUUUUAGCCUAGAAGUGGGGAAUCAAAUGAUUUGGGAAAGACUACUUUCCUAUCUCCUAUACAUAGAAAGGGUCACAUUGUAAAUGUUCUCACAUAUCUAUCCUAAAACUCACUGCUCUUAAAGCUAAAGGCAUCAUACUGUAUGUUCAUGCACAUAUAACGUGGGGAGUAUGCAUUUUAGUGCUCUGUGAAUUGCUUAAAAGUUUACUGCAAGUGUAGUUCAGCCAAUUUACAGCCUCAGUCCCCUUUAUGUGUUAUAUUUGUUGCAGCACUUUUUCCAUCAACUGCUGGGGUGAUAAUGGAGUUGGUUGUCUGGCGCUUGAAGGAUCCAGGUUCGGUAGGAACUUACAUGUGUAUGAUUGAGUGAUGUCAUUCAAAAUAACACGUCCUAUACUAUGUUCUCUUUAUACAUACAGAUGGAAGAAGUUGCAGAAAUAGCCACAACAGGAGAAAUUGUGCCAUUCUCCUAAUAACAUGGGAAUUCCC